AUGACUAAUCUAGAGAAAUCUGAUACUAAAGAUCUCAAUAAUUCACGUGCUUUGAAUUCAAUGGAGAAUUUAGAACUCAUUGAUACAUUGCAAAAAACUCCACAAAGUUUACCGAAUAAACGACCAAGAGGUCGUCCACCUAGUCGGUUUAAACAAUUAGAGAAUAUAUCACCAGUUAGUAAUUCUUCAUCAUCUGAAGUAUUAGACUUUGUGAAACAUUCUAAAAUUUCUGAGAGUAAUACAAAUCAAGGCUCUAAACGAACUAAUGCAAAAACUUUAAAUUCUCGUUCAAAAUGUUUAAAUUCACCAACGAAAACAUCUACUCCUGAUGGUGGUGAAUUUAUACCGACUGGAUUUGUAAAUACUAACAACAAUAGCAACAGUAAUAAUAGAGAUAUCAAUUGUUCACUUCGACAACGUGUUCGUACUCGACUUGUUGAUUUAUUUUCGGACAGUGAUGAUGAUGGCCAUAAUGAACCGUCUGUUAGUUCACCGAAAUUAUCUACAACACCUCGUAAAGGUACAUUGAAAUCACCGUUGAAACUACAAUCACCAAAAAAGCCAUCAUCAUCAUCGUCUGUCAAACAGAAAAAACAACACCAGAAACAGAAACAUCACCUAAUAACAACUUCUAUUUCAAAUCAAUCCCUUUUUAAAUCUCCAGAGUUUACAUCUUUAACCACGGCUGAUCGUAGACGUUCAGGUUGGUGUCAAACAUCACCAGAAUUAUUAGCUGUUGCAAAAGCUGAAGCAUUAGGUCGUAGAGCAUUGAAACUUGCAGAAAUGAAUUUUCAUUGAACCUACUACCUCAAAUGUUUGUAGAUGUUUUAUUUGUAUCUUUUGUGUAUCAAUGCUGCAUUUUUUUUUCUCUCACAAGAUAAAAAUAUGUGUAAAUUUAUGUUGUUUGUCUGUGAAAGAAAAAGAUAAUCUUUGUUUACUGUAUUUUAUUUUAAUUCAUAUUUAUUCUAUUUGUUUAAUUGUGAAACUAGGUAAGA